AUGAACAAAUUGACAGCUAUUACAAAGACUCCAUUUGGUAGAUUAUCUCAGCAUCAGGCCAGAGGCUUAUCUGUUGGCCAGCAGCUCUAUUUCAAGAAAAACCUCGGGUUUGACAAGGAUAAAGUCGAUCGUGAGCCUACGUUGAUGGAGAAUGCACCUGAUUGGAAGCAGAGUACUGCUACUGAAAGUGAGGCUGAUAUCAAAGCCGAGAAAGAGCCUGAUGUCCCUCCCGAGAUUUUAAAGGAAGAAACAGCUGAAUGGGUCAGAUCUCAUAAGGACAAAGACGGCAACAUCCCACCACAGUGA